CCUGAAAUGCUGCCUAAAAAAACCCCAGCCAAGUACCACGUAUCACAAACAUGAAUCUCAAUGAAGAAUCUCAGAUGAUGGUUAUGGAGGUUAGUUUAAUAAUUAUGACACAUAUUGUUUUAAUGGCAUUUCUUUCACCAAAAAUUGAGAUACGGUUUUGUUCAUCCAUCACCUUUGUCAAUUACAUGAAGAGUAAUAUAUGUAUUUCUGGACCGCUUUGCGACUUGCAAUGCUUAUUUAGUCAUUUGUCAGAUUUGUUCUGCAUUUUGGGGCCCUGUCACCGCACAGGUUGUUUCGUGGUAAAUUUGCCACUGUCCCCACCUUCCCUCUACUGCCAAAUUCCCGAGUUCUCCUGCAGCAGGUGGAAUCUGGGCCAUUCCCUUUUCCGCAUGGCCACAUCAGGGCUGGGCCCACUCGCUUCUGUGUGAGGCCAGAUCACUCCCCUUUCCCCCUGCCGGGGGUCAGGUCAUUCCUCCUUUGCCAGGCGAGCCAAGCCCCUGGAUCAGGGCUGGGCUGCCCAUUACCCUCUGUGCGGCUGAAAGGGGCCCCGGCGCACCCUCCUCGGGCAGUGGAUCAGGACCACCAGCUGGAUGUGGCCCAUAACGGGACCGUGCAUGGCCCAUGAGGCCUGGCAGGCAAGAGGGCAGGGCAGCACCAGUGCAUAAUCUGGAGCAGGCAGGUAAACAGGGAGCGCAGCAAGGCCUCGAUCCUGGGCACGCGGGUUGCCACCUCUGCAUCUAUCCCGGGAGGUUUCAGCACACGAUGGAACAUUAACGCCCAAUUAAUCUACUGUGCUGCACGCCUGUACAUUACUGUUACAUUUUAAAAACCCACUGGACUACUGUCUAAAUGGGAGCCGGCAUUUCGUAUUUAUUUGAACAAAUGCCCCGUCGUUUAUCUCCCCGGUGACUCUCAGCAGUCUCCUGGAGACGGUGCCCGGCGCCAGCAGCCCCCCAGGGCAGGUGCCAGCUACGAGGGAGCGGUUCCCCAGGCCCCCGGCCCAGCCGAGCUCAGGGCAGGACGGCCCCGCAGGCCUAAACGUGUUUCUUUCCCGUGUGAUUUGUUUCAUGCACCGACGUGUCUCCCCGCGGACGCGGCAGGAGCGCGGGGCUGGGGCUGAGGCUGAGGCUGAGGCCGACGCGGAGGCGGAGGCGGGCAGGCUGCAGGCGGCGCUGGAGGCCCGAAGGCGGAGGCGGAAGAAGCCGCUGACGGAGCCGGCACGUCUAGUCGCGCCACCAGAGGCGGAGGCGGAGGCGGCAGAGGCUGGCACAGCCGGCAUGGCGGCGGGCCGGCCAUCGCGCAGCUUGCCUCCUGUUCCUUCUUCAUCAAGAACAAGCUUUGCUGAAUUUUCCAUUAGGGAACGAAUGAGAGAGAAAUUAAAAGCUGCAAGGUCUAAAGCAGAAAGUGCUUUGUUGCAAGAAGUCCCCAGUCUCCCACCACGACGUAUAAAAAGCCUCAGAGAGAGGGAAUCAGAAACCGUACUGCACGAAGAGUCAUAUAAAGAUGAGCCAAGGGAGAUACAAGAAGACAAACCCCAAAUACCUUCAAGAUUAAAGUUUCAUGAUUCUGUCAAAAAACUCAAGCAAAAGACGCAUGUCCAGAGUGAUUUUCCUUCUGCAGAGGAAGCAUAUAAUUUUUUUACAUUCAAUUUUGAUCCUGAACCAGAGAAUAUAAAGAAUGAGACCAAGAGCAAGAAAGAGAGAGACUCCAAUCAGGAGGAAGAGGUAGAAGAACAAGUUUCUGAAAUAAGCCAUCAGGAGGAACAAGAUGAUGAUGAAAUGGAUGAAGAGGAUCACCUUGUUAAAGAAGAUGAGUUAUUCCUAAUAGAACAGACGGUCAGUGAUUUUUUGGUAGUAAAACCUGCAGGUUAUGAAAGCUAUUCUGAGCGACUGAAGAAGGAAAGAGACAAUCUCUUCAUUCCCAGCAUGAGAACAGUGCCUACUUCUCAGAAGGUGCCUACAAACAUGCAGCCAAGGUACCUUGAGGAUGAGGGUCUUUAUACAGGAGAAAGGCCCACUGUGUCAUUCUUUAAUCAAAACAUCCUGGAAAAUAGAAUAAUCAGACAGGAACAGGGGAAAGCAUGGUUUGGAGAUGAUGGCAAUAUCUUGGCAUUGCCUAAUCCGAUUAAGCCAUCUCCCACAAGGCCUCCAAUAUUCUCAUUGGAAGAAGGAAUAAAGCCAGAACUGGAAACAGUAUAUAGAAAGGCAAUAAAACUGAUGCCUGCCAACCAAUAUAUUGUUGGCUCUGGGGAUCCUCAUGGCCAGUUUCAAAUGGACAUAGAUAUUUCUGGGUUAAUAUUCACCCAUCAUCCUUGUUUUAGUCGUGAGCAUGUUCUGGCAGCCAAACUGGCUCAGUUAUAUGAUCAAUAUCUAGCAAGAAAACAGCGAAAUCUUGCCCAACUUCUUACAGAUAAGUUACAUGCUCUGAGGAAUGCUGUGGGAUGUAAUGUGGACAUCAGUAGAACCAAUAUACCUAACCCUGUUGCACACCAGAGUAUAACUGACUAUAAAUUUGAAACCAGGCAAACUCGACGACUUCGAGAUGCCGAACAAGAAAAAGAUCGAAUGUUGCUCAAGACUAUCAUAAAAGUUUGGAAAGAAAUAAAAUCCCUGCGUGACUUUCAGAAGUUUACUAAUACACCCAUGAAACUAUAUUUGCGAAAGGAAGAGGUUGAUCGAAGAUCAGAUGAAAAAGCAUUUGAAGAAGAAAUUCAAGCUGAAAUAAAUGAACUAUUGGAAGAAUAUAUAGAAGAAUAUGGAAAAAAAAUGGAAGAAUACAAAGCUGAGUUACAAGAGUGGAAAUCCUGGAGGAAGGCAAAGGUAAUGGAAACAGCUCAGAUUUUCUAGAUUGCAUUGUUGCUAAACGUGUCUUUGAGGU